AUGGCCUUGGUUCUGCAGCUGCUGCCGCUGCUGCUGUCGAGGGCCCAGGGGAACCCCGGGGCUUCACUGGACGGCCAUCCCGGGGACCGGGUGAAUCUCUCCUGCGUAGGGGUCUCGCAACCCACCCGCUGGGUCUGGGCACCUAGAUUCCCGGCCUGCAAAGGCUUGUCCAAAGGACGCCGCGCGAUCUUGUUGGCCUCACCGAACGGGACCCCCACCGUGUCUCCCGUCCAGCCCUUUGCUGGCCGCCUACGUACCCUGGACCUUGAUAUCCGGCGGCUGGAGCUGCUCCUGAGCGCGGGGGACUCGGGCACCUUUAUCUGCAAGGGCCGCCAAGAGAACGAGAGCCGUACGGAGCUUCAUGUGCUGGGGGACCGGGCCUAUUGCAGAGCUCCGGGGCCUACCCACGGCGCUCGCCCCCUCACCCGCCUCGACCACCCCCCAGAUUUGUUGGUCACCUUCUCUCAAUCCUUCAGCUCUGUCCCCCCCCACAUAGUUCCACUCGUGAAAGCGGAGCCCCAGAGGCCAGUAGAGGAGGAAGAGCCCAAGAUUGCAGGGGACCUGGACCAGGAGCCGAGCCUGCUCUACGCAGACCUGGAUCAUACGGCCCUCAGAAGAUCCUGCCGACUGUCCCCAGUGGUCCCUGCUGACGCCUCCACCACCUAUGCGGUUGUAGUUCGAAAGGAAGCCCUUACUACCUCACAGGCUGGGGGCUCCCAGCUCUCCAUAACACCCCUCGCCUUCUUGACCCGUCACCUGGAAAAGGAAGGCACCAUGGGAUAG